UCAAAUGAAGUUAGUCCAAACAAUAAACAAAACUCACAAUUAUUCACUUCGGACACGUGGAGUAAAGUUGCACAGAAGAUAACUUGUUUUAUAGGGAUGUGAUUAUUGGCUGUCAUUAUAUAUAAGCUAUGUGGCAAAGGAAAUGCACCACUCAGGCUCCUGGGUAAUCUCAUAGAAACUCGUCUUAUUGUUUUAGUGAGUUGUUCACUCUUUUUCCUAACCAGGUUUUUAUGAGUUCUCAGCAGACAUACAGUGAAAUAGUGUGAUACAGAGAGAAUCAGAAUACGAUGGACAACAGAAGUGCUGGUGGGUUGAUGAAAGACGAAAGAAAGAGAGGACCCUGGAUUUUUGAGGAGGACAUUCGACUUAUUUCUUAUAUUACUCUUCAUGGUGAAGGGAGUUGGGAAUUUCUAGCCAAAGCAUCAGGGCUGAACAGAAGUGGGAGGAGCUGCAGGUUGAGAUGGCUCAACUACCUUCGUCCUGAUCUCAAUCACACCAACAUGACUCCCCAGGAAGAACGAUUGAUUGUUGAUCUCCACGCCCGUUGGGGAAACAGGUGGUCUCGAAUAGCAGAAAGUUUACCGGGCAGGACAGACAACGCAAUCAAGAAUUUUUGGAGAACCCAUCUCAAAAAAAAGAUAAAACUACAAGAAAAAAAUAGCGGCAAGAAAGCACAUUUUGAGAGUUCAACUCAUUCUUCCUCCCCCGCAGCUACAGUUGAACCUAAAGUUAGUUUUGAGAAGGAUAUUUGCUAUAGCUAUCAAGGGAAAAUAACUGAGAAGCCCAGAGUUCCAUGUAUGAUCCACAUUAUGGAGGAACAAGAGCAAACUGCAAUUACUCCGGUUCAUAAAAGCCCAAUUCCAAAUAGAACUUACGAGUUUCAGGAUGCUUCUGCUUCAGAUUUUGCCCCAUUUGGAGCAGCUUUGGCGCAGGAAGAAUAUUCAACUGACUUGCCUCACUUCUUCUCAGGGGAAUUUCUUAGCUCUGAAUUGUAUAGCAAUGGCGAAGUGGGUUCUCCAGAGUUUCUCUUCAGUAGAGAGUUGUACUCUGAUGAACUAUGGAACAUGGAUGAACAAAAUUACUACGUCGUCAAUUCUCCACUGGCAUAAUAUGAACCUAAGGAAAUGAA